AUGGCGUCCCUUGUGCUGCUGCUGCUGCUCUCAGGGCUCCUCUGUCCAGCGCAAACUUACGUGGAGGAACUGAGCGACACGUUCUGGGAAAAUCACGGGAAAGACGAGACGUGGAUCAUCAAGUUCUACACCCCCUGGUGUCGGUUCUGUAAACAACUGGACCCCAUCUGGUCUGAGAUAGGCUCUGAGCUCCGCAAUCUGGGAUCUCCAGUACAAGUUGGACGAGUGGAUGCUACGAGUCAAACUGCUUUGGCCAAAGAGUUUAAAGUGCGCACGUAUCCCGCCUUUUUUUUGCUAAAGAACGAGCGGAAGUAUGAAUACACCGGCCCCAAGACCAAAGAGGCAAUCCUGGACUUCACAUACCGCGUGUCCGGGCCUGCAGUCAGGUCUCUGUCCUCUCCUCAGCUGGUGUCCAACGCCCUCAGCAGACACUCGGUCUUGUUCCUGUUUGUCGGAGCCUCUUCUCCUCUGAAGAGUAACUUCACAGCUACGGCUCAGGAGCUCAUCAUCCACACACACUUCUACAGCACGAUCCGAGAGCAUCUGCCUAAGUGGGUUUCCGUGACGCUGUUUCCUGCCGUCCUGGUUUUUAAAGACGACACGUACAUCCCAUUUGACCCUGCAGAGGGCGUCGACCUCAGGACCUGGGUGAACAGGGAGCGUUUCCAGAGGUUCUGCAAACUCAACAGCUUCACCCUGUACUCCAUGGGGGACUCGGGACGCCCUGUGUUGGUCUCUGUCCUGGGAAACUCUCGCUCUGAGCAGAGUCUCAGGUCCAAGUCUCUGGUGCAGAAGAUCUCCACAGACUACAAGUCCGAGUUCAGGGACAUGUACUUUGGUUUCCUUGAGGAUACAGACUUCAUCUCUGGACUCAUGAUGAGUGAUGACAUCACAGUGCCCCUCCUCCUGGUGUUGAAUCUGACCAAUGACAGCUACUUCCUGCCUCCGGGGGACGUGGCCACAGAGCAGGACCUGGUGCAAUUCUUGAACGCAGUGAUGGCCGGGACUCUGGAGGCCCAGGGCGGAAACAGUGUGAUUCAGCGAAUCAAGAGGUUUGGUUAUGAAGUGAAGGUCACUUUGUCGACUGUCUUUCAGGAGGCACCUGUUUUCGGAGUCCUCCUGGUGUCGAUUCCUUCAGGAGUGAUUCUGUCUUUGCUGUUUCUCGUCUACAAAGCAUGUGCAACUGUCGAUGAGGACGAUGAUGAUAACGCAGCAGCAGUUUCAACGGCGGCACAGAAAAGACACAAACGCAAGAAGUCCGACUAA